AUGGCAACAAGAGGAGUGGUGAUGUACCAUUUUGAAGUCUCGAAGAGGAACGACAAGAAGAUAUCCUUCUUUGGGCGUUCGAUCACCGCGAGUGAGGUGAUUAAUGAGAUCAUCAAGCAACGAGGCGAUUCCUCUGAUAAAGAUGAGCUUCAUAUCUACGACGUUCAAACGAAUCAAGAGUAUAUUGGUGGGGAUCGCAUAACCAAAAACACGUUCUUGUGUGUGAAACGGAUGCCGCGGAUAGCACGGCCAAUGCAAAAGAAGAGGGCGUCUGAUAAGAAGAAAGUUGAAGUGAAAGAGCCUUCCAAAGAGGUUGUGGAAGUGAGUAAAGAGGAUGUCGAGCAACUCAAGGCCGAAGGUGAGAAGAAACGGAUUCUCAACGAGAGGCAGUCCUUAUUAUGUAAAUGUGGCAAUUUAUUGAUUGGAGCUGUUUUUGUUUUUUGUUGCGGAGAAACUAUCUGCGAAAACUGCCUUGCAAAGGGAACUUGCCCUUAUUGCGAUAAACAGAUCUCCCUCGAAGAGUGCUCUCCUAAGCAAGACAUCAGAGAUGCUGUCGACGAGUUCCUCAAGACGUACCCAGAAUAUGUUUUGGUUGAACAAAAUUAA